GGACUACUGUAGAAAUGAUGGUUAUCUAUGAUUGAUAGAACUGAAACACGUAUAAUCAACCAAUCACUGCAUGCGUGUCCAAUGAGAAGGAAUUUGAUAUUUGUUGGAAGAGGAUUAAAAAAAUCUUUAAAGUCGUUCUCAUUAAGGAAACGUCAUUGAAGCAAUCGUAUUUUUUACUUUUAGUCCAUGUAUUGCACAUGAUGGUUAUAUAUGUCUGUACGAUUUGAUAGAUUAUGCCUCCGUCGAAAAUGAAGAGAAUCCAGGUGAAACCACGAGUUCGCACGCGGAGAGAGAACGCCGAGUAUAGAGGGUACUCCGUGACCUCGACCUUCCUCAAUCUGCCGGAAGAGGGCGCUGUAUUAGUUCCCUGGCGCGUGCUCCAAACAGACCCCAUAGGAGUGAGCAAGUCCUUCCGUCUGAUGAAGGGGAAGAUAAUGUAUGAUGACUGGAUCAACGUUAUGAUGGCGGCGACAGAUUUACAGGAAUCAAUAUUUGGAUCAAUGGAUGAACUUUCUCAAACAUGGGUGACCCAAGUGACGUCACAUCGGGAUCUCGGCGACAUGCUCUACCGUCUGACGUCCUUCCCUACACUAGUCGGCGCUACUGUACGGAGCAGCUCACUUCUUGACGCGUCAGUUGAAAUUCCUAUUGUGGUCGUGCUGCAACCAAAAGCUCAGUGUAUUGAUGACUUGGUAGACAAUCUACAGUCUCUAGAAGAUGACGAACCACUUGAAAAGUUUUAUUUUGAGGUUGACCUUGGCCCGGCAAUAAAGCGAUGGGUGAAACAGGUCUUAAGAGAUGACUUCACCGUCACCGGAGGAAGGUUUGCUGUCGGGAAGGGAACCCCUUUCAACCAUCUUUUCGACUGGCAGAAUGUCUUCUGUUGUGUGCCCUGCCUCCCGUGCUGUCUGGUGGCCAGUCCUCUCUACAGGGCACACAGAAAACUACGGUACCAGGAGAGUUUUAUUGAGGUGAAUGAGUCGAUUGUGAUCGUUGGAGCCGAGACGAAUCACCCUGAAGAUCAGGCCAUAGCUCUCCGAAACUUAAUGGCAUGGACCAAAGCGGUAGGGACAAUCCACACUUGUGACGCGUGCGGUCUGCCCGUGCGAGGAGCUUUGGAAGAGCGCUGCGUGUGCGACAGUGACAGGAUCCUUGACGAGCCCGUCAUGCAACAGAAGGCGCCCCUUGACACGAAACAGGAAGAAAUAAAACGAAAGAGUCCAAGGAAUCACCGCUUUUUUCAUCGUUUGGGAGGGAACAAGAUGCAGACCCUUGCAGACAUACACAGAUUUAAUGUUGAAGACUGGCGUGUCAGACGCGAAGUGUGCUUGUCAAGUGAUUCUUCUACGAAGUCCCUGAUUGGCCGGGAAGGUGUUACCCCUCGUGACGUCACGGCGUCUGUAGGUAGUAGUUCCGCUUCCGCCUCAGAAAGCAGUGGUAAAGGAAAAGGGAGAAGGUUCUCCAUCACGGAACUCCGUGUCUUCUCCAUCGCAUGUAACAGGGUGCAACCAACAAACCAAGCAGAUCCGUCGUCCCCUACACUACCACCAGAUAGACAGCCGAGCGAUAGAAAAUGCGAUAAGUCUUGAUACAUCACACCCGUGGUGUGGCGAACAGAGGAACUGUGCAACAAUACAACCUGUGAAAAGUGAUUUGAUUUUCAUGUUUGUUGUUUGUUUGUUGUUUUACACCGCAUUCAGCAAUAUUCCAG